CCUGCAGCCCGGACUCGAUGGAGGGAUUGGUGAGAAGCCCUAGAAAGGCUGGAAUCCAGUUAUUUGCCAGCAGGAGACGUGCUGUAUAAUUAAGCUGUCAUUUCCCUGGAAGUCUUCUGGAUGGAUGGCUGCUGGAAACCCAUUGCCGUAGCCAGCUCUUCUUCUGUACCCAAGGAGUUACCCUGGCAUUGAGUAAUGAGAAUUUCGAAAACAUAUUUGAGAAGUACUUCCAUCCAAUGCUACUUGUGUUUACUUUUAAAUUGUCAUUUUCUAACCGAGGCUGGCAUUCAUGUCUUCAUUUUGGGCUCUGUCAGUGCAGGUCUUCCUAAAACAGAAGCAAACUGGGGGUUUGUAAUAAAGGAUUUGGAAAAAAUUGACAAUAUUAUUCAAUCUAUACAUAUUGAUACCACUUUAUAUACUGAAAGUGAUGCUCAUCCCGGCUGCAAAGUCACAGCGAUGAAGUGCUUUCUUCUGGAGUUACGUGUUAUUUUGCUUGAGUUCAGUCAUCCUGACCUUAAUGAAACAAUACCUAACAUUAUCAUCCUAGCAAACAGUAGUUUAUCUUCUAAUGCGAACAUAACUGAAACGGGAUGCAAAGAAUGUGAGGAACUCGAGGAGAAAAAUAUUAAAGAAUUUUUUCGGAGUUUUUUACAUAUUGUACAAAUGUUCUAUAAUUCUUGAUUGUAACUGAUCCUCUUCAACAUGUCUGCUAUUAACAAACAUCUUCCCACGACGUAAAGCAGUGAAACCCUCUGCAGUUCACAUGGGCUGCCCAAACCAGUUUUUCUAACAAGAGGAUAAUCCAGAAUCUUGAAUUGGAUGAACUCUUGGAAAUGAAGGCAGAAAAAUGACAUUGAAUUACAUGGUGUCUAUGAACUGUCCUCAUACUUAUUUUGUUCCCUUAUUCUUAAUUUAUUAUUGAAGUUGUACAUAUUUGUGGCAUAAUAUAAAGUAUUGAAUAAAACUGUGUACCUACUUUAUCCUUUGCACUGAUAUUUACCCCUUGUAAGGACAUAGGGGACAUUCCUUCAAGGGCAAGAGUGGAAUUACACAGCUGGUGGGCCUGAGCACCACUGGGGAAGGUCAGCUGUGUGCUCCAGCCAGUUAGGAACCCCUAACCACCAGCCUUCACUCACCUCUCCAGUGGGUGUCCCACAAGGAGGAAGAAUUGACUCCCAAUGAGGAAGGAGAAAU